AUGAAGGGUGGAACUGUUCAAAUCAAUUGGCAUGACACUAAGCCAGUGUUAACCCUAGAUUUUCAUCCCCUUUCUGGGAUUCUUGCCACGGGCGGUUCAGAUUUUGAUAUAAAGCUAUGGACAAUGAAUUCAGGGGAAGAGCAUAAUAAAGGUCCAGGAGCUACUUACAAGACUAGUCUUUGCUACCACACGUCAGCCGUGAAUGUGCUCCGCUUCUCUCCCUCUGGUGAGCAGCUUGCCUCAGGUGCUGACGGUGGCGAACUUGUAAUGUGGAAGCUGCACUCUACUGACGCUAGUGAAAUGUGGAAAUUCCUAAAGACUUUCACGUUCCAUCGUAAGGAUGUCUUGGAUUUGCAAUGGUCUACUGACGGGGCAUAUUUGCUUUCUGGAUCUGUGGAUAAUUCCUGCAUAAUAUGGGAUGCCAACAAAGGUUCUGUGCUUCAAAUAUUGGAAGGUCAUUAUCAUUAUGUGCAGGGUGUUACAUGGGAUCCUAUGUCUAAAUUUGUUGCUUCACUUAGCUCGGAUAGGACCUGCAGGAUUUAUGUUAGCAAACCAUCUAAGGCAAAAGGAACUGAGAGGAUUAAUUACACUUGUCAGCAUAUCAUAUCAAAGGUGGAAUCCCAGAUUGUAAAUGAACCCAAGUCAGGUAAAAGUUUUCUCUUUCAUGAUGAGACACUGCCAUCGUUUUUUCGGAGAUUAGAUUGGUCUCCGGAUGGUACAUUUUUGCUCGUACCUGCAGGUACCUACAAACAAACACCAGGCUCUGAAGCAGUAAACACUGCCUACAUUGUUUCUAGAGAAGAUCUUUCUAGGCCUGCACUGAUGCUUCCAGGUGCAAGCAGACCUAUUGUGGCUGUGCGCUUUUGCCCUUUGACUUAUAGCUUGCGGGGACAAAAUUCAUCUACCUUCUUUAAUCUUCCUUAUCGGCUUAUUUUUGCGGUGGCGACGAUGAACUCUUUGUAUAUCUAUGACACAGAAAGUGUUGAACCGAUCGCCAUUGUAGCAGGAAUUCAUUAUGCUGCAAUAACAGACAUUGCCUGGUCUUUUGAUGGAAAAUAUAUAGCACUGUCCUCCCAAGAUGGCUAUUGUACUCUCCUAGAAUUUGGAAAUGAGGAGCUAGGAUCAAUUAUACAUCCAUCAGGGUUCCCUGUUGCAAAAAAGAAAGUCAAUGACAGCACGGCUGGUGCAGACAUUGGUAUGGCAGAUGCAGCGCGUAAGGAGGAGAAGCAAGAACCAUCCAUUCAAGUUACCACUCCAGCACCAAAUAAACCUGCCAAAAGGCGUAUUACUCCGAUGUCAAUUGACUGA